AUGAAGCAGCGUGCCACGCUCAAUGAACUGAACAAGCAAGUCGAGGAGCACCAGGAAGCCGAAAGAAGAAAAGCCGAAGAGGAAAAAGCCAAGCUUUUACGUGACAAAGAAGAAAUGGACCGGACCCUGCGGCAGAGAGUUCAACAACGCGAGGAAGCAAAGAAACAGAAGGACGCAGAGGACAGAAAAAUAAUCCGGCGUACAAUCAAGCAGAUAGAACAGCAGAAACGGCAGGAGCUUCAAGAGAAGUCCGACUACCGGGAGACCGUGAGCCAACAGGAACAACAGAAGGCUCUAGUUAGGGAAGAAGAAGAGAAGAGAGAAGAUCUACGAUUCUUGCAAGAAAGCCUUCGUAUGGAAAAGGAGGCCGAGUCGCGGCGUAUUGCGGAAAGGCAACGCCAUGUGGAAGCUCACCAGAGUCGCGCCGACCGCAUUGCGCCAACGGAGUUUGCAGACGCAGCCACACGCAGCGCUAUAGAGCGAUACAACAAAGAACAGGCGGAGCUUGAUAAGAAGCAACUUGCGCACCAGCUGGAGAAAAAACAAGCGGCUAUAGACAACGCUGCCUACUUGAAGAGGCAAACCCAGGAGAGGCAAAACCUCAAGAAAGCAGAGAUAGAGGAAAGGCGGAAAGUACAGCAAGAGCAGGAAAAAGAUGCGAGGAACUAUAAGCUGGAGCUGGAGGCGAAAGAAAAGCAGAAACGAAUGGAGAAUAUGAAACAGCAGGAACUCCUGCUUCAGCAGAUUGAAGAGCAUAAGCGCCGUACAGAUCUAAUCGUCAGCCCAACUGAAAUCAAGUUGAAUAGAGCGCUGCUGGAAAAGGUCAAGGCGUACAGGGAGAAUAGGCCAGCGAGAGCCUCUGAGCGGCGUCGAAGUGACGAUACCUCAGAUUCAGAUGGGAGCUAA